CUCCCAAAGAGAGGAUGUCAUAUCCAACUACGUCUAGAGAAAGAAGAGAGAAAGACUCCAGCUCAGAAGAUAACAGUUCAGAAACCUCCAAUCAAGAGGGCCGAAGGUGUCUCCAGGACCCGCCCCGUCCUCCCUAUCCACCUCUUUUACCCCCCGAGCUCCCUCCCCCACCCCCCCCACCUCAAGUCCAGCGGACCCCAAGGCUUCAGGAUCAGAGAGCUAUGAAAAGUGUCUGCCCAGGCACUUCCGGUUUUUCUUCCCCCAAUCCCUCUGCUGCUGCUGCUGCUGCUGCUCAGGAGGUCAGAUCAGCCACUGAUGGUAACACCAGCACCACUCCGCCCACCUCUGCCAAGAAGAGAAAGUUAAACAGUAACAGCAGUAACAGCAGUAGCAGCAGUAGCAGCAGUAACAGUAGUAACGAGAGAGAAGACUUUGAUUCCACCUCUUCCACCCCUCCACAACCUAGAGAUUCGGCGUCCCCUUCAACCUCGUCCUGCUGCCUCGGGGUUCCAGUGGCCACUUCCAGCCACGUACCGAUACAGAAGAAGCUGCGUUUUGAAGACACCCUGGAGUUUGUAGGGUUUGAAACGAAAAUGGCUGAGGAAUCUUCCUCCUCAUCUUCCUCAUCAUCGCCCACUGCUGCAACCUCACAGCAGCAGCAGCAGCAGCAGCAGCAGCAGCAACUUAAAAAUAAUAAGAGUAUAUUAAUUUCUUCUAUGGCUUCAGUGCACCAUGCAAACGGCCUGUCUAAAUCAUCUUCCACGGUCUCUAGCUUUGCUAACAGCAAGCCUGGCUCAGCUAAGAAGUUAGUGAUCAAGAACUUUAAAGAUAAGCCUAAAUUACCAGAAAACUAUACAGAUGAGACAUGGCAGAAGCUGAAAGAAGCAGUGGAAGCUAUUCAGAAUAGUACUUCAAUUAAGUACAAUUUAGAAGAACUCUACCAGGCUGUAGAAAAUCUUUGUUCUUACAAGAUUUCUGCAAAUUUGUAUAUGCAGCUAAGACAGAUCUGUGAAGAUCACAUCAAAGCACAGAUUCAUCAAUUCAGAGAGGAUUCAUUGGAUAGUGUUCUUUUUCUAAAAAAGAUUGAUAAAUGCUGGCAAAAUCAUUGUAGGCAAAUGAUAAUGAUCAGGAGCAUUUUUUUAUUUCUGGAUAGAACUUAUGUUCUUCAGAAUUCCAUGCUACCCUCCAUUUGGGACAUGGGAUUAGAGUUAUUUAGGGCUCAUAUUAUAAGUGAUCAAAAAGUUCAGACGAAAACAAUUGAUGGCAUCCUUCUCUUGAUUGAGAGAGAGCGGAAUGGUGAAGCAAUCGAUAGAAGUUUACUUCGAAGCCUUUUAAGUAUGCUGUCUGAUUUGCAAAUUUACCAAGACUCUUUUGAACAACGAUUUUUGGAAGAAACUAACCGACUUUAUGCAGCUGAAGGUCAAAAGUUAAUGCAAGAAAGAGAGGUUCCUGAGUAUCUUCAUCAUGUUAAUAAACGCCUAGAAGAAGAAGCAGACAGACUUAUUACUUACUUAGAUCAGACCACCCAGAAGUCACUAAUUGCUUCUGUUGAGAAACAACUUCUAGGUGAACAUUUAACAGCAAUACUUCAGAAAGGUUUAAAUAACCUUCUUGAUGAAAAUCGAAUUCAAGAUCUGUCUCUUCUGUAUCAGCUCUUCAGUAGAGUUCGAGGUGGAGUUCAGGUUCUCUUACAGCAGUGGAUUGAGUAUAUCAAGGCUUUUGGAAGUACUAUUGUUAUUAAUCCUGAAAAAGAUAAAACCAUGGUUCAAGAAUUGUUGGACUUUAAAGAUAAAGUUGACCAUAUAAUUGAUACCUGCUUUCUGAAAAAUGAAAAAUUUAUCAAUGCUAUGAAAGAAGCAUUUGAAACAUUCAUUAAUAAAAGACCGAAUAAACCAGCUGAACUGAUAGCUAAAUAUGUAGAUUCAAAACUUCGUGCUGGCAAUAAAGAAGCUACAGAUGAAGAGCUUGAGAAAAUGCUGGAUAAAAUAAUGAUUAUAUUUAGAUUUAUCUAUGGCAAAGAUGUUUUUGAGGCCUUCUAUAAAAAAGAUUUAGCCAAACGCCUAUUAGUUGGCAAGAGUGCAUCUGUAGAUGCUGAAAAAUCAAUGCUGUCUAAACUGAAACAUGAAUGUGGAGCUGCAUUCACCAGCAAGCUUGAGGGGAUGUUUAAAGACAUGGAACUUUCAAAAGACAUCAUGAUUCAGUUCAAACAGUAUAUGCAGAACCAGAAUGUACCUGGCAAUAUUGAAUUAACUGUGAAUAUCCUGACAAUGGGUUACUGGCCAACAUAUGUACCUAUGGAGGUCCAUUUGCCACCAGAGAUGGUAAAGCUUCAGGAAAUUUUCAAGACAUUUUACUUAGGCAAACACAGUGGCAGGAAACUCCAGUGGCAGUCAACUUUGGGACACUGUGUGCUAAAAGCUGAAUUUAAAGAGGGCAAAAAAGAACUUCAGGUCUCUCUUUUUCAAACCCUGGUACUGCUAAUGUUUAAUGAAGGGGAGGAGUUCAGUUUAGAAGAUAUCAAGCAAGCUACCGGGAUAGAGGAUGGAGAAUUAAGGAGAACACUGCAGUCACUAGCCUGUGGCAAAGCUAGAGUUCUGACUAAAAAUCCAAAGGGCAAAGAUAUCGAAGAUGGUGACAAAUUCAUUUGUAAUGACGAUUUCAAACACAAACUAUUCAGGAUUAAGAUCAAUCAAAUCCAAAUGAAAGAAACGGUUGAAGAACAAGCAAGCACUACAGAAAGAGUAUUUCAAGACAGACAAUACCAAAUUGAUGCUGCGAUUGUCCGAAUUAUGAAGAUGAGGAAAACACUUAGCCACAAUCUUCUUGUUUCAGAAGUCUACAAUCAGCUAAAAUUUCCAGUAAAACCUGCAGAUCUAAAGAAGAGAAUAGAAUCCCUAAUUGAUCGGGACUACAUGGAAAGAGAUAAAGAAAACCCAAACCAGUACAACUAUAUCGCAUAGAAUGUUGGCCUUGGAACAUUUGUUGUCAUAUGCCGUAGCCAUUGGAUAAACUAACUUGUUGAAUCUCA